AUCGCUGCUUGUUUACCUCCUUCCUUUUUCCGGAACGUGGCCAAGGUUCGACACACGGCCGUUUCAACUCUGAUCGAGAUUUGGUAUUGGAUUCAAAAUGGCUGAGACGCUGCAACUCCGCGGGACCCUGAGCGGGCACAACGGCUGGGUCACCCAGAUCGCCACCAACCCCAAGUACCCCGAGAUGAUCCUGUCGGCCUCGCGCGACAAAUCGCUCAUCGUGUGGAAGCUGACCCGCGAUGAGAUGAACUACGGCAUCCCUCAGAAGCGCCUCCACGGUCACGGUCACUUCAUCUCGGACGUGGUGCUGUCCUCGGACGGACACUUUGCCUUGUCCGGUUCGUGGGACAAGACCUUGCGUCUGUGGGAUUUGUCGGCCGGCAAGACCACCCGCCGCUUCGAAGACCACACCAAGGACGUGAUGAGUGUGGCCUUUUCGGCCGACAAUCGGCAAAUCGUGUCGGGCUCGCGGGACAAGACCAUCAAGCUGUGGAACACGCUGGCCCAGUGCAAGUACACCAUCCAAGAAGAGGGUCACGGCGACUGGGUCUCCUGUGUGCGAUUCUCGCCCAACAACGCCAAUCCCAUCAUUGUCUCUUGCGGGUGGGACAAAUACGUCAAGGUGUGGAACUUGUCUAAUUGCAAGCUCAAGACCAACCACAUUGGUCACACCGGAUAUUUGAACACGGUGACCAUGUCGCCCGAUGGUUCGCUGUGCGCUUCCGGCGGCAAGGACGCCAAGGCUAUGCUCUGGGACUUGAAUGACGGCAAGCACUUGUACACCCUGGAUCAUGCCGACACCAUCAACGGCUUGUGCUUCUCGCCCAACCGCUACUGGCUGUGCGCCGCCACCGGACCCAGCAUCAAGAUCUGGGAUCUGGAGACCAAGAACAUGGUGGAGGAGUUACGCCCCGAGGUGCCGGGCAACAGCCAGUCCGCCCCGCCCCAAUGUUUGUCCAUGGCCUGGUCGGCCGAUGGACAGACGCUCUUCGCGGGUUACUCCGAUAACUUGAUCCGCGUGUGGCAAGUGUCGAUCUCGACCCGAUAAGCGGCUCGGGUGGCCCCCCCAACAACCACGGCUCACACCGAUCGGAGCCGGACCCAAUUCAGCCCUAGUGGCGCUCUAUGUCAGCCCGCGAAGCGUGCUAAUAAAACCAUUUGUUCGCUGAA